AUGCAGGAGCUGGACUCCUUUUCGUACCCCUGCGAGAUGAAUGCCGUCUUAGCGGAGGCCAUAGAGGCCUGUGAUGGGCUCGAUGGGAUUAUUGAUGAAAUUGUCUCCAACGAAGACGCCUGUGAUUUUGACCCAAUGGAUGUCGUUGGCAAAUCUUUCAACUGCCCCAAUACUGCUAAUCUUAUGAGUGUCACCGAAGAGGCUACCAAAAUAGCCAAAUCGACCUGGCCAGGUCCGACUACUAUUGAUGGCAAGUUCAUAUGGUAUGGCCCUAACACGGGAGCUCAGCUCAGUGGACAGUCGCUCCGGCUGACGAGCGAUAUCGGACUUGCCAUGACCACAUGCACCAACGGGACAUGCAAAGGAGCUCCAAUAGAAGCCAACCCGGCCCGGUCGUACAAGAAUAUGAGCCGAGAAGCAUUCGAUAUUUAUGCCCAGGAGGCUGCUCAGCGGUGUGAGUCAGUUAUAGAGACCAACGAUCCUGACCUGACAGCUUUCUACAAGAAGGGCGGCAAGAUCCUAAAUACCACGGAACCCAUGAUCAGCAAAUUCCAGUCAAGGGCACAAGACACUACUAAAAUAAGGUGA